CAAAACAGGCCGUUCACAACUUGCUGCACGCGAAGGAACUGCGCAGGCAACGAACCGUUUUAUGACAGCAAUUACUACACUGUAGUUUGUAAAUAUAGAAUUACCAACUGAUACACCAAACGGCUGUUAAUGAAUUGUUUCUAAAUCGUGUGAAUUGCAGUCUAAAGCUGCACAAAAACCCCUCUUCCGCAAAAUACCGAACAGUGGGGAGCAACUCGAAUUCUGUAGCUAACUUAACUAACGUUAGCUAUACCACGGGCUAACUAAUUUGUUGUACGUUUUAAUUAUUUAUCUAAAUGUCGGACACUCCGGGGGACGGAAAGUUGGAGCUGAAACAAGCCAGCAAAGAAGUAAAGGAGAGCGAGAACGUGGCUGAAAAAUACUCAGCCAUGACCGUGAGCAAGAACAGCGAAAUUACCAUGGGUGAACUGUCAGUGUCGUCUGCUGCGUUCAGUGUUGUCCCUAUUCACAAACCUGUUAAAAAGCAAAUCCAGUUUGUGGAAGACAAGCAGGAGUUCAGCAGGUUCCCUACCAAGGCUGGCCGACGCUCGCUGUCUCGAUCCAUCUCUCAGUCAUCCACGGACAGCUACAGCUCCGCUGCAUCCUACACAGACAGCUCUGACGAUGAGACUUCACCACGGGACAAAACACAGCUCAACUCCAAGGGCACCAGUGACUUCUGUGUGAAGAACAUCAAACAGGCCGAAUUUGGUCGUCGCGAGAUUGAGAUUGCAGAACAAGAUAUGUCAGCAUUAAUCUCCCUCAGGAAGAGAGCCCAGGGAGAGAAGCCACUUGCUGGGGCAAAAAUUGUUGGCUGCACUCACAUCACUGCCCAGACUGCAGUGUUGAUUGAGACUCUGGUGGCCCUGGGGGCCCAGUGUCGCUGGACAGCCUGUAACAUCUACUCCACACAGAACGAGGUGGCAGCUGCCCUCUCAGAGAUUGGUGUGGCGGUUUUUGCCUGGAAGGGGGAAUCUGAGGAUGACUUCUGGUGGUGUAUCGACAAGUGCGUCAACAUGGAGGGCUGGCAGCCUAACAUGAUCCUUGAUGAUGGAGGGGACUUGACCCACUGGGUGUAUAAGAAAUACCCCAACGUCUUCAAGAAGAUCAGGGGCAUUGUGGAGGAGAGUGUGACUGGGGUCCACAGGUUGUACCAGUUGUCCAAAGCAGGCAAGCUGUGUGUGCCAGCCAUGAACGUGAAUGACUCUGUGACAAAGCAGAAGUUUGACAACCUCUACUGCUGCAGAGAGUCUAUCCUGGAUGGCCUGAAGAGGACCACAGAUGUGAUGUUUGGAGGAAAGCAGGUUGUUGUCUGUGGUUAUGGAGAGGUUGGGAAAGGUUGCACUGCCGCACUGAAAGCCAUGGGAUCCAUCGUCUACGUCACAGAGAUUGAUCCCAUCUGCGCCCUGCAGGCCUGCAUGGACGGCUUCAGGGUGGUCAAGCUGAACGAGGUCAUCCGCCAGGUGGACGUCAUCAUCACAUGCACUGGUAAUAAGAACGUGGUGACCAGGGACCAGCUGGACCGCAUGAAGAACGGCUCCAUCGUGUGCAACAUGGGACACUCCAACACUGAGAUUGACGUGGCGAGCCUGCGGACCCCAGAACUGACCUGGGAGAGAGUGCGCUCUCAGGUGGACCAUGUCAUCUGGCCUGACGGCAAGAGGGUCAUCCUGCUGGCCGAGGGUCGUCUUCUGAACCUCAGCUGCUCCACAGUUCCCACCUUCGUCCUGUCAAUCACAGCCACGACCCAGGCUCUGGCCCUUAUUGAGCUGUACAAUGCUCCAGAGGGCCGCUACAAACAGGAUGUCUACUUGCUGCCCAAGAAGAUGGAUGAGUAUGUUGCCAGCCUGCACCUGCCCACCUUUGAUGCCCACCUGACUGAGCUUUCAGAUGAGCAGGCCAAGUACCUGGGUCUCAACAAGAAUGGCCCAUUCAAACCCAACUACUACAGGUAUUAGCUUGCAUAAAUGGACCACAACUCUGCACUCCUUGACUUGGACAAGGCCUGGAUGACCAGAAGAUAAUGAAAUCUAUAUUUAAUUUUUUUAAGAUACUGUUUUUGUUUUCAAAUCAAGCUCUAUUCCGUCAUCUUCAGUAAAUGUUACCCUGUUUCACUUGCUGUUUUGUGUGUUUAGUUUCACCAUCAGUUCUGUAAAUACACACCUCCUCUAAGAAACCAAUACGCAGGAUCCCACUGGCCAUGAAUGACUAAUUGAAAGUACACCACUUAACCUUUACUCUCUGCUAGAGAUUUAUUUUUUUCUACAGAAGUCUGAUUUCAUACCCACUCUCCACUAGAAUAUACAUUUUUUUGGUGGUUUAUCAGUAGUUUGAUUUAUGUUUAUGUUUAUAUUAUUGUGCCAAAUGAUUGUGUAGGGAAGGGGAUAGUUGUGAUUGAGAUUUUUAUUUCUUUUCUGCAUUGACGUCACUGCACGCUUCUCAAAUAAUUACAUUCCAGCCAGGGGAACAGGGAGAAAUGGCCUCUACACUAGAAAGUCCCAACCGCAUUUAAAGGUCCAAUGCAGCCGUUUGUAUCUCAAUAUCUAAUCAUUUCUGGGUAACAAUGAAGUACCUUACUGUGAUUGUUUCUUUUCUUUUUUUACUAUUUUAAUUGAAAACGAACAGCUUCUUAGCAAAGAGCAAUUUCUCAAGCAAGAAUUUUGCUAAGACUGUCAGGGAGUGGUGUGAGUUGGUAGGGGAAAGUCGAAAACUAGCUGUUAUUGUCAGAAAGGUUUGGAACUCUCUUUCUUAUUGGUCUAUUGACUAAUUUACCGUCUGGUGAUGUCAUCAGGGAGUCUUUUCAAACAGCUCUUACACUAAAAGGGCAUUAUUGUAAUUUUAACAAUUCCACAGCCUUAUUCCAACCUCAGUCUAGAAAUAUACACUGCUCAAAAGAAUAAAGGGAACACUUAAACAACACAAUGUAACUCCAAGUCAAUCACACUUCUGUGAAAUCAAACUGUCCACUU